AUGCUAACCAGCUGGGCAUCCAUUGCCAUGAUGAUGAUGAUGCUGAUCACGGUGCCAGUGGUCGCCGCCACCGGAGAUCCACCAAUGGUGAUAGGGAUGCCGAACUGCAACACCACCUGUGGCAACGUGACUGUGCCUUACCCGUUUGGAAUGGGCCCGGCCCGUUGCUACAGGUCGCCGGGGUUCAAGCUCACUUGCGACCACGGAAGUAGCAAUGUCCCAAGGCUUCUGCUCGGCGACGGUCAUGCUGGCAUGCUUGAGGUCGUCGACAUCUCCCUUGACUCCAGCACCAUCACCAUCGACACGUCAUCCAUCGUGACUGCCAGCACAUCCUUGGGCAUGGAACUCAAGCGGCUCAACUACUGCCUUCCCAAUCCCAAGGACAAUGAUUUGCCCGUGAAUGUGCUCAUCGCCCAGACCGGUUGGUUCGACUUACAGCAGUACCUGGACGUGGUUCUGAACAUUACUACCAGCGACGACAAAGAUCGGGGUAAGGCUGAUCAGCUCACUGUCCCCGUGAGUCUCGGGUGGGGGCUGAUUCACGGCCCAGCCAAUUAUCCUAUCAUCCGAGUGGAAUGCCCGGACCACACAGCCCAGAGCAUCUGCAAGAGCACCAACAGCGAUUGCAAACAGGCCGCAUACGGAGGCACCUAUUCCUGCCGGUGCAUGAAGGGCUAUGAGGGAAACCCUUACCUCACUGGAGGAUGCCAAGAAGUCAAUGUCAAAGAGUGCGAUCAGAACGGAACAUAUGGCUGCUUAGGCGACUGUGAGGAACUGCAGGGAUCGUUCCGGUGCCACUGCCCCAGAGGAACCCAUGGCGACCCAACCAUACCCGGUGGCUGCGUCAAGUCAGGUAACUUGGGCAUAAUCAUUGGUUUCUCGGUUGCUAGUGGCCCAUGCAUCCUGCUUUUGGUUGUUGGUGCACUGCUAAUAACUCGCGAUCUUAAGCAACGCAAGACGAUGGCGUUGAGACACAAGUUCUUUAGUCAAAACCGUGGACAACUGCUGAAGCAAUUGGUAUCUCAUAGGGCAGACAUCGCAGAGAGGAUGCUCAUUUCUUUAGAGGAGCUAGAGAAAGCCACCAACAAUUUUGAUCAAGCUCGUAGGCUUGGUGGUGGUGGGCAUGGCACUGUCUACAAAGGCAUUUUGUCAGAUCUGCAUGUGGUGGCCAUCAAGAAAUCAAAUAUUGUGGUCAAGAGAGAAAUUGAUGAGUUCAUAAAUGAGGUUGCUAUGCUCUCGCAGAUCAACCACAAGAAUAUUGUUAAGCUUCAAGGUUGUUGUCUUGAGACAGAAGUACCUUUACUCGCCUAUGAGUUCAUUUCCAAUGGAACGUUAAGUGACCAUCUUCACGUGGAGGCACCUAGAUCACUACCUUGGAAAGAUAGAUUAAGGAUAAUAGGUGAAGUAAGCAAAGCUCUUGCUUACCUCCACUCUGCCAUUUCAGUCCCCAUAAUCCACAGAGAUAUUAAGCCUUCCAACGUACUUCUUGAUGAUGCCUUGACAGCCAAAGUGUCAGAUUUUGGAGCUUCAAGGUAUAUCCCCAUAGAUCAAACAGGAAAAACAACUGCAGUGCAGGGAACUAUUGGAUAUUUAGACCCUAUGUAUUAUUACACGCGACGACUAACCGAAAGUAGCGAUGUCUAUAGCUUUGGAGUCCUUCUUGUUGAGUUGCUUACAAGGAAGAGACCAUCAUUGUGUAUGUCCUCCGAAGGUGAUUGGAUUGUCACUCAGUUUGUUGAAUUACAUGAGGAUGGCAAUCUGGUCGAUAUACUGGAUCCACAGAUUGUGGAGGAGGGAGGUAAGGAAGUGGAAGAAGUAGCUACUUUGGCUGUGUCAUGCAUGAAACUGGUAGCAGGAGAGCGACCAACAAUGAGGAAAGUGGAAAUGGCAAUGGAGGCUCUCCAACCACCUAAGGAGCGUGUCAUGGGUGGUUUGACAAGCAAUGGAGCGAAUCGAAGAGAAGUAAGCAGGUGUUAUAGCCUAGAAGAAGAGUUUGCGCUAUCCGGGAGAUACCCUCGAUAGACUUGCUGGUUUAUGUUAGCAAUUAAGCUUAGG